CAACCCACUGCUUUCAUUUAAGAGAGAGAGAGAGAGGUUAUAAGUUGUGUAUAAGUUCCGAGUUAUCUGGGUAAUGAGGGUGCUCAAAAGAUUUUUGAUGGCUUAUACUAUUUAUUAAGUGGUGAUCUGGGUUUUUGUUAGGGUUUAAGGAGGAAAAAGAAAAAAGAGAGAGAAAAGAGGAAGUGUGGAACUGUGGUAGCGAGAGAAACAAAAAGAAAAACAAAACAAAGCAAAGCAAAGCAAAAGUCGUGGUCUUUCUCCCAUACACAGAUCCCUAUGACCAACCCCCAAAGCAUUACUUGCUACUAGUAUUCAUUCUUUUUGUUUAGUUUAAAGAGACCACCGAUCUCGUUGUCUUUAGAGGGGAAAAAAAAAAAGAAGAGAAAAGAAAAGAGAGAGUUUUCUAGUGAAGAGUGAGUGAGUGAAUAAGAUAUGGAGAGAAUUUCGGUGGGUGGUGUUUUCAGUUGAGUUUCGUAGCUACAAAACAAAAGAGGGAGAGAAGGAAAAAAAAAAAAAAGAAAAAAAAAAAGACCCAAGUGUUCUCAGAGAGGAAGACGAGGCAAGAUAGAUUUUGACAUGAUUAGUUUAUUUCCUCCCAAUCAUUGAGUUGUGCCCUUGCCUCUCAGUCGAAUAUAUACUAGUAGCAAGUAAAAAAAAAAAAAAAGAAAAGGAAAUCUUGGAAGCAAGAAAAACAAAAGAAGAGAAGAUGAAGCAACAAGCCAUGAAUGAUCAAAACAACAGCAACAAUAACUGGUUGGGAUUCUCUCUUUCACCCCAAAUGAAAAUGGAGCUCAGUAGUACUUCUUCUGAUCUUCACCAUAAUCCUUAUCGUCACCAAGUUCAGAGUACUAGCACUACUACUACUACACCUUCCUCUUCUGCUGUUCCCACAAGCUUCUAUCUCUCCCCUUCUCAGCUCACCAACUGGGUCGGAGAAACCGCUGGUUUCCACUCUCCUCUUUCUGUAAUGCCUCUCAAAUCCGACGGCUCUCUUUGCAUCAUGGAAGCUCUCUCCAGAUCACAACCAGAAGGAAUGGUGCCAAGUUCAUCACCAAAGUUAGAGGAUUUCCUAGGCGGAGCAAGCAUGGGAGCUCAUGAUCAGUACGGAAGCCAAGAGAGAGAAGCAAUGGCGCUGAGCUUAGACAGCAUCUACUACAACAACAACAACCACAACGCAGCUGAUCAUCACCAUCAUCACCAUCAUCAGUCGGCUCAAGAAACCAACAGAGACAACAACCCACACCCACUAGAUCUCCUCCAACACCCAUUCAGACCAAACCAACAACAACAGUAUUACUCCGGAAUCCCUUGCCACGGAAUAUACCAAACCCAACUUGGGGAAGUAUCCGGCAAGGACAUGCACACCAUAGGGGAGUGUGAUCCCGAAAUCUCCUCAAACUGGGUGGCGGCGGCUGCUGCGGCGGCGAGGCAAUACUCCGGUCAUCAUUCGUUGGAGCAGCAGCAGAUGAAUGGGAGUACUAAUGUGGUUGAGGAGAAUAAUAGCGGUGGAGUUUCUGGGCCUGUCGGUGGUGGGAUUGGCUGUGGGGAGCUACAGUCGCUUACGCUGUCCAUGAGCCCUGGGUCUCAGUCUAGCUGUAUAACAGCUCCGAGACAAAUAUCACCAACUGGAACUGAAUGUAUGGCCAUGGAGACAAAGAAGAGAGGCCCCGGGAAGGUCACUCAAAAGCAGACUCCUGUUCAUAGGAAGUCCAUUGACACUUUUGGCCAGCGAACUUCUCAGUUUAGAGGCGUCACAAGACAUAGGUGGACUGGAAGAUAUGAGGCGCAUCUAUGGGACAAUAGUUGCAAGAAGGAAGGGCAAACAAGGAAAGGAAGGCAAGUUUAUCUGGGAGGAUAUGAUAUGGAAGAGAAAGCAGCAAGAGCUUAUGAUCUUGCAGCCCUUAAGUACUGGGGACCCUCUACCCAUAUAAAUUUUCCGUUGGAAAAUUAUCAGACGGAACUUGAGGACAUGAAGAAAAUGACCCGCCAGGAGUAUGUUGCGCACUUGAGAAGGAAAAGCAGUGGAUUUUCUAGAGGGGCUUCAAUGUACCGGGGAGUAACAAGACAUCACCAGCAUGGUAGAUGGCAAGCUCGUAUUGGCAGGGUUGCUGGAAACAAGGACCUGUAUCUUGGGACCUUCAGUACACAAGAGGAAGCAGCCGAGGCUUAUGACAUAGCCGCUAUAAAAUUCCGCGGCGUUAACGCCGUAACGAAUUUCGAGAUAACAAGAUAUGAUGUGGAGAAAAUCAUGGCCAGCAACACGCUUCUCGCGGGAGAGCUCGCUCGGAGAAACAAAGAAACUGAGCCGAGCACUGAUCAUAAUCAUCAUCAUCAUCAUCAACAUCAACAUCAACAUCAGGCCGUUGAUUACAACCCAUCAUCGCAGAUGAACGGUGAAAUCAACGACAACCCGGAGAGUAACAGCCUUGGUAAUGGUACUGGUCCUGACUGGAAAAUGGCUCUGUACCAGUCACAAAACCCCUGCCUUGAUUCACUUGACCAGAAAUCUAUUAGCUCCGGGAGCUAUCGAAACGCGUCGUUUUCGAUGUCGUUGCAAGACCUCAUUGGAAUUGACUCGGUGAGCUCUGGUGCACAGCAGCCGUUGGUGGAACAUCAGGAAUCGGCCAAGCUAGGGGCUAGUACUCAUUUCUCUAAUCCGUCGUCUUUGGUGACCAGUUUGAGCAGCUCAAGAGAAGGUAGCCCAGAUAAAACGGGCCCCACAAAUGCGAUGCUCUUCGCAAGGCCUCCUUUGGCAUCAAAGUUUAUCAAUCCAACAAGUGGUGUUAGCUCUUGGUUUCCCUCACAGUUGAGGCCGCCAACGGCUAUUUCCAUGGGACACCUGCCUGUUUUUGCUGCUUGGAAUGAUACCUAGAACUAAGAAAGGGUCAAGGAGGGAGGAGCAAACCAAAAAAAAAAAAAAAAAAGAAAGAAAGAAAAAGAAGAAGCUGUUUUGUAAUUUUUAAUCAUGUAAAGUUUUGCAUGGAAAAGGCAAGGAAUUGGUUGUGGUGUUGGGGGAUUGAGAGUGAAAAAAAGGUUGAAGGGGUUGAAGAUUUUGAUUAUUAUGUUAUUAUAAGGGUGUUAUGGAGGGAAAAUUUGUGGUGGGUUUAAGGAGGGACAAGGGUGGGGACCACUUAUCUGUCUGUAACUAAAGUGUUGGAAACUUUUUUCAAACAGAACCUUUUGGCUUCAUAUUCGGAAUAUGGAGGAUUUUGCAAAAUGGAGGGAAAGCAAAGAUUAAGGGGGCACCUAAUGAUUAAAUUCUUGUGAAAUGAUGUGGGCAAUAUGGAAAUGGAAGUGACCUCUUUGGCACUGCAUAAUUGAAUUUUGCUUUUUUACCUUUUCUUAGGUCCUCCUAAGUACAAAACCAGCUCAAUGUUUCCCAAUAAUGCAAAAGGAAGUCUUGUUUUGACCGCACCAAUACGUAAUAUAUCUCAUUUCAUAGCCCCAAUCUGUUCCUCAAUAUGCA